GUGCGUGCCGCCGUUGAUCCGGUGCUGCAGUGAGGAGGUGGUUCUUGCCCGUGUUGUGUGUGUGUGUGAGUGAGAGAGCGAGUGAGUGAGUGAGUGAGUGUGUGUGUGGGGGGGACUCGGCUUGUUGUUGUCGGUGACUUCCCCCUCCCCUUCACCCCUUCCCCUCCCCGCCGCCGCUGCAGUGGCCGCUCCCUGGGCCGUAGGAAAUGAGCGAUAACGAUGACAUCGAGGUGGAGAGCGACGCUGACAAACGGGCUCAUCAUAAUGCACUGGAACGAAAACGUAGGGACCACAUCAAAGACAGCUUUCACAGUUUGCGGGACUCAGUCCCAUCACUCCAAGGAGAGAAGGGAACGAAGAUGAAGUUAACCCUCCCACCUGUCUUUCCCUAUGAACACUUGCCUUUUCCAACUGUUUUUUGCCAUGGCUAAUCAGAAAAAGUUUCUUAUCCUUAAGAAACCAUUUCCUAUGGUUGCAAAAAAAAAAAAAAAAAAAAAAAAGACACAAAGGUAACAAACAAAGCUGGACCUAUUUAUAAUGUUCCAGUAAGCAGAAGUACCUAGAGACUGACUUGCUAGGAUUUAGUCUGUUAGAAGAUCUCAAGAAGUCAAGAGACAUGAUGAAGGAGGAAAGGCUGAACUUCAGACCUGCAACUUCCCAGCCAGAGUGAAUCAGCCAGUGACCUAACUACACUUUGUUCAGAGAUGUCAAGGAAAAGUGUUCUCUCGGCCAGGUGCCAUGGCUCACAGCUGUAAUCUCAGCACUUUGGGAGGACUGCUUGAGGCCAGGAGCUCAAGACAAGCCUGAGCAACACAGUGAGACCCCCAUCUCUACAAAAAAUAAAAACAAAAAUAAAAUAAGCUAGGCAUAGUGAUGUGUUCCUAUAGUCCCAGCUACUGCGGAGGCUGCACUGAAAGGAUUCGCAGGAAUUCAAGGCUGCUGUGGGCUAUGAUCAGGGCACUGCACUCCAGCCUGGGUAACAGAGCAAGACAGGGCAAGACAGGGCAGGGCAGGGCAGGACCGGACAGGACAGGACAAGACAAGACAGACAGAAAGGAAAGAAAGUGAGAAAGACAGAGACAGAAAGAGAGAGGGAGAGAGAAAGAGAGAGGAGAGAAAGAAAGAAAGAGAAAGAGAAAGAGAGAGAGAGAGAAAGAAAGAAAGAGAAAGAAAGAAAGAAAGAAAAGAAAAGAAAGAAAGAAAGAAAGAAAGAAACAAAAGAAAAGAAAGAGAAAGUGUUCCAUCAUUAAGAUAAAAUGGUGACCACACAGUUUUAGGCUACUGAUCAAUUCUGAUGGCUGGAAUAUAACAAAUAAUGGUUUCAAAAAAAGACUCUGACUGCAUGAGAAGUACUAAUACAAGAAUGAAAUAACCUUAUGAAAUUCUAGUGUGACAUAUUACAAAACACUGGAAGAGAAAAUAAAGGUUCAAAUUAAAUAAUAAAUUUUUUCCUAUAAUUCCCUUUUCAAAAUACCUGACCUCACAGGACUUAGAAGACCUCAACUAGCUAAGCUCCAAGGAAAACAAAAGGCAUUCUAUUUCUUGUUUGAAAUUUCAUCCUUGGGAUAUGGAACACAAUUACCAACAGGGAGUAGGCAUGGAGAAACUCAAACUUCCCAUGUUUUUCCAGUCAAAUAAUAAUCCAUCCCUUGCCAUCUCCCUGGACUCUAAAUGUUUCAAAGUACAAUAUGAAAAAGAAAAAUCUGGGCCGGGCACAGUGGCUCACGCCUGUAAUCCCAGCACUUUGGGAGGCUGAGGCGGGUGGAUCACCUGAAGUCAGGAGUUUAAGACAAGACUGGCCAACACGGUGAAACCCUGUCUCUACUAAAAAUACAAAAAUUAGCCGAGUGUGGUGGUGGGUGCCUGUAAUCCCAGCUUCUUGAGAGGCUGAGGCAGGAGAAUCACUUGAACCUAUGAGGCGAAGGUUCCAGAGAGCCGAGAUUGUGCCACUGCACCCCAGCCUGGGCAACAAGAGCGAAACGCUGUCUCAAAAAAAAAAGAAAAAGAAAGAAAAAGAAAAACCUGAGAGUUCUCAUCUGAAGACCAGAGCAGCAGGCUACCACUAAACAAAAACCUGGAAUUCCUCUCUCCAUCUUCAGACCUCAGAAUUGAGGCAUUGAGGGGAAUCCCCAUGUAACACCUGGCAGCUCAGCUCGAGUGGAGAAUCGCUCUAAACAGUAUUCUACCAGAGGGAGGAGUGGGGGUCUUAGCAUAUCCAGGUAACCACAAGGACAAGAAACACCAUUCUUGCAGCAGAUGCUCCCCGUGGUUAGAUUCGCUCAAGGAGGAAAGAAGAAAGGCUGCUACAUGGUGCUGUUCUCCCAGAUCCCCUCAAACUCCUAACCACAGCUUACCUUGGUACAAGGUGGUUGAACUUGUAAGAACUGAAGACCUCCUGGAUCUUUUCUUCUACUUUUGCCUGGUAAGGAUGCAGGAGACAGGAGAGAGAAAACAAAUACAGAUGAGACCUCCAUCAGCUUUUUCUUCCUAUUGCCACAAAUGCCUAUUGGCGAGGGUUGGUUGGUAUGGUCUGGAACUUCACAGUACUGUAAGACAGGGGUUCUGCAGGAUGACAGGCUUAGGACAAGGCGAGAGGGAAUCCCCUGUACCAUGCUGGCAUCACAAUGGACUUUUCCAGAAACCAAAUCCAUAAUAUCCAAACUAAUGGCAGUUUUGGUGUUUGGUUCCCUGGCACCAGUUACUCUGGGAGCAGAUGAAGACAGAUGUCUCUUGCUUGUGUGGGAGAGCAUAUGCCACCCCAAAAUAUGCCUCAACAGCAUAAGGAUUAUUUUGAGAAACUGCAGCUACAGGAGAAACUCUGAAAACAGAGUAUACCAGUUUUUGAGGGAAAUUGACAUCUAUAAAGGAAAUCUCCACUUGUGAGAGUGUUUCCCUCUCCGUACCAAAAGAGAAGGAUGACUAAAUCAGAGGAAACUAUUAUCAAUGGAGAAGGCACCUACUGAAAUCUGCAUAACAAACAUUACUCUUAUUUACCAUACUUGUCCUGUUCACCUCCCCAUAACUGGCUUCGCCCACAAUCUUCUCUGUUUUUAGUUGAAAAUGCUAUAGAAGCUGGAGUUCUAGAUCACCUCUUUCAGAAUUACUCAUUUUCCCCUGGGUAUCUCCUAUGUAUACAUGAAGCAUACAUGUUAACAAACUUCUGCUUGUUUUUC